AUGAUGACAACAAAACAGAAGGGUGUAUAUGACAACAUAAUGCAAUCGGUGUUGUCUGAUAGUGUCAAAAUUUUCUUUUUGUAUGGAUAUGGAGGAACUGGUAAAACUUUUGUCUGGAAUACAUUAUUUGCAGCCAUCCGUUCAAUGGGUAUGAUUGUUCUGAAUGUUGCUUCAAGUGGAAUUGCUUCUUUGUUGUAUCCGGGUUGUAGAACAGCAUAUUCUAGAUUUUGCAUUCCAUUGCAGACCGAUGAAACAACUACUUGCAACAUCAAACAAGGUAGCUUAAGGGCAAAUUUACUGAUCCGUGCCAAAUUGAUCAUUUGGGAUGAAGCUCCUAUGUUAAAUAAGAUUUUUUUUGAGGCACUUGAUAGGACUUUGCGCGAUAUCAUGAGACAGGAAGAUGAAAGCAACAUGGACAAACCAUUUGGCGCUAAGGUUGUAGUUCUUGAUGGUGACUUCAGACAAAUUCUUCCAGUCAUUCCAAAAGGUGGAAAGCAAGACAUUGUAUCUGCUACAAUAAAUUCUUCUGAUCUUUGGAAACACUGUAAAGUUUUAAAGCUCACUAGAAACACGAGAUUAAGCACAUCAGGUAAUACAACGAAGUACUUAAGCUCAGAUAACACUUGCAAAUCUGACGAGGACACUAAACUACAGUCAGAGUGGUUUACUACAGAAUUCUUAAAUGAUAUUACAUGCUCAGGAAUACCAAAUCACAAAAUAACAUUGAAGGAAGGUGCUCCGAUAAUGCUAUUGAGAAAUAUAGAUCAAGCAGUCGGUUUAUGCAAUGGGACGCGGCUAAUAGUGGCUGAUCUUGGAACAAAUGUUAUAAAGGCCAGUGUAAUAAUAUGA